AUGAAGCUUCAGUUGGCACUCCUCUUAUUUGGUUUCACUUUGGCCUUGGGCCAGAUUGUUCCCCGCAGGAGCUGGUGUCCUGUGCCGAUCUCGCCGAGAUUGCCAAGGCUCAUGGUGCCCGUUCGACUGAUCAUCAUCCAUCACACGGUCACGGCUCCCUGCUUCAAUCCUCAGCAAUGUCAGUUGGCAUUGAGGCGAAUUCGAGACGAUCAUAUGCGCAGGAAGUUCAGGGAUAUAGGCUAUAACUUCCUUAUCGGCGGGGAUGGUAGGAUCUACGAAGGCUUGGGUUUCGGUGUCCGCGGCGAACAUGCUCCCAACUAUAAUAGCCAAUCCAUUGGCAUCGCCUUUAUUGGCAAUUUCCAGAAUGGACUACCUCCUCCCCAGAUGCUGCAAGCUGCCCGCACCCUCAUCCAAAUCGCCGUCCAGCGUCGCCAGGUUCUGCCCAAUUAUUCUCUCGUGGGACAUUGCCAAACGAAGGCAACAGCUUGUCCGGGAAAACAUCUUCUAGACGAGCUUAAGAAGUGGCCUCGCUGGCAGCCAAAACCUUAG